AUGUCUAAAAUUACAAUUAAUAUUUUAUGUCCAAGUGGACAUCGACGUAAAGCACAAUUGAUGCCGAAUAAUAAUUUAUUUCAAGUACUUGAAGAUAUGUGUAAUCAAGAAAGCUUGGAUUCUUCCGAAUGGGCACUUAUGUAUCAACAUAAGAAAUGUGAUUUAACUAUUCCAUGGCGUUUACAAAACAUUCCAACUAAUGCUACUUUAGAAAUGUCUAAACUUGAAGAUCGUCGUCAUACUGAUGAUAUUAAUGUUCAUUUACAAUUACCUGAUAAUUCAAGAUAUUCUGGUUGGUUUGAACCAACAGUUACUCUUCAAGAAAUGCUUGAUUGGUAUCGCAUUCAACCUGAAAGUAUGGUGGCUGCAAUUGAUAUUUCAAUGAGUGAUACUUAUAAUUCAUGUCCAAUAUGUACAUAUAUGAGCGAAGAGAUUAUUGGAGAAUAUGCUUUAUCAAAUACAUCAUUACGUGACCUUGGACUUACUAGCGGAUCAGCAGUUAUUAGGUAUCAUUUACGACCAAUUACUGAUGAUGAAUUGCAAAAAAUCAAUAGUCGUAUUGACGAUAAGAUUGUUCGUCGACGUCAACAACAACAUCAACAAAAAGAACAAUCAAAACAACAAACAACUACACAACCUACACCUAUUCGUUCUAAUAAUCCAUCAACUUCUUCAAGAAAUGCAGCUGCUGCAUCAUCAAACAAUGAAGAAUAUUCGAUAUUUAAUGAUCCUCCAACGAGAACUUCUGUUCCUGAUGCUACGACACAAUCAAAACAACGGCAAUCAAGAACAUUAGCUGAAGAACUUGGAAUCAAUAUAUCAUUAGAUCCAGAAUCGAAAUUUGAACAAGAACAAUCGAAAACGAAUUUUCGCAAUUUUAAAUUUCCUGCAACAACAAAAGGCAAAAAUCUUUAUCAAAAUGAAUCUGAUGAAGAUUAUCAACGUACACAAAAACCAUGUGAACGACGUCCAAUAGCUUAUGAUGUAACAAAAACUCGUUCAAUACGUGAAAAAAAAGAUACUAAAACAGGUGAAGUAUCCGAUAAUUUUUAUGAACUAACAGCUGAAGAUCUUCGAUCAGUACUUAAUGGUUUACAUCAACAAGGUUCUGAUGAACAACCAUUAGAAACUCGUUCUAUGCGUGAGAGAGCACAAACGGCACGUCAUAUGUCUUAUGAACAAAUUGCUAUUCGAUUUGUUAUAAAUUCACGUUAUAUUCUUCAAGGAUUUUUUCGUCCUGAAGAACCAACUUCUCGUCUUCUUGAAUUUGCUCAAACACAUAUUGUAUGUUCACAGAUUGGACAAACAGAUUUUUAUUUUUAUACAACACCACCACGUGUUGUAUUAUCUGAUUUGCGACAACCAUUAUCAACAUAUGAUUUAGCACCGGCUGCUUAUAUUCAUCUUGGUCAUCGAACUAUUUCACCACUUAAUGUUCAACUUGCAUCAAAUAUACCAAUACGGACAAUUGAUGAAGCUAAUCAAUUAGCUUCACAAUACGUUUUUAGUCGUUCCAGACCAAUGAGUGAGCGUGAACGUGAACUUAGCAAUACAUUAUCUAAUGAAAGACCAACUACGGCUACAACUCUUAUGAACCGUCCAACAACGAGAAAUCAGCCGACUACUGGUAAUUUAGAUGAUAAACAACUGCGUGAAAAAUUACGUAAAUUUUUACCAGGAAAAAAAUAA